AAAAAAAAAAAAGACCAAAAUGGACCAACACACCCUCCGCCGCCGGGGUCUCGGCCUCCGCGGGAAAUCCCCCAAAGCCACCCCGGGCUACAUCCUCUACACGCCCCUAACCUCACAAACAACCCACCUCAUCUCCCCAACAGGCAAAGAAGUCCACAAAUGGACCCUGCCCUACCGCGCAGGCCGUCACGCGCGCCUCCUCCCCGACGGCACAUUAGCCUAUAACGGCGCACACCCCUCCGCUCCCGCCCUCUUCCCAAUGUGGACCAAAUACCGCGGUGGCGCAAUGCUCCAAGUUUCGCCGUCGGGGACCAUCCUCCGCGAAUACCACGAUCCAAAAGCCCACCACGACCAACACCACCUCCCCGGCGGGAAAAUUCUCUACACGACCCUCGAACCAUUGUCCCCGGAACAGGCCUCAAAAGUCCAGGGCGGGAUACCCGGUUCCGAAGCGCCAGGCGGAAUCAUCUACGGCGAUUGUAUCCGCCUCGUGGAGCCGUGGUCUACCUCUACCGUCUCAUCAUCCGCAGACUUCGAGAAAGGGGGGAACGGGAAGGGUGGCGCAAAGCUCCUUUGGGAGUGGCGGGCGAUCGAGCAUCUUGACCCCACGGUGUUUACCAUGAAUGAGCAUUAUCCGCGGGAGCAUUGGCCGCUUAUUAAUAGUGUUUCGUUUGAUCGCGAGGGGAAUGUUGUUGCUUCGAUGCGGAAUACUUCUUCUGUUGUUGUUAUUAGUCGGGAGACGGGGGAGGUGGUUUGGCAUCUUACGCAGCCGAUUGUCAGUCAGCAGCAUUGUGCAUAUGAGGUUUGCGAGGGGCAUUUCUUGAUCUUUGAUAAUGGUGUGUUUAGGCGGGGCAGUUCAGUGCCGUUUUCGAGGGCAAUUGUUGUUUCGCGCGCGAAGAAGGAGGUGGUGUGGGAGUAUAGGGAUAACAGUACCGGGGGGAUUGGGUUGUUUACGCCGUUUAUGGGGUCUGCGCAGAGAUUGGGGAAUGGUAAUGUAGUCCUUUGUGAGGCGGCUACGGGGAGGAUUUUGGAGGUUACGGAAGAUGGCGAGGUGGUGUGGGAGUUUGUGGCACCGGAGUUGAGAGAUUAUCGGCGGGUCCUUGGCGAUAAUGAGCUGAGGCAGAUGGAGAAGCUGGGGUUUGCGUAUGAGAGUAAUGCUGUUUUUAGGGCGUAUAAGUAUCGUCCUGAGGAGGUGCCGUGGUUGAAGGAAUAAAA